CCGAACACUCGUGUCGUGGUUCGUGAGUGUGCUUUCUGUCGCCCAAACCACCGCCAGCAACGACACCAGCCAUGGAGGUGUCCCGUCCCGUUGUCCCCCCCUGUGACCCGGAUCCGAGCUCCGUCUGACCUUUUUUGUGUCCAAGACGCUCGAGCGUCUCGUCCGGUAGAGUCCAUGUAUGUGCGUGGCCGAGGCCAGCGUUUUGAGAAGAAUCUGAUAUCAACGUUACUUGCAGGCUCUUUGUUCUUGAUUGCCUUUUCGGUGUGGGUGAUGUUGAUUUGCUGAGUGGUCAUUCCCUACUGACCUACGGACCUAAUCAUCAUCCAUGCUUCUUGUUCGAUGGAGUGACAACUUUUGCCAACACACACCUCCACCUUCUUUACUCACAAACCGUUGCAUUGCCCACAUGCCCACUUCACCUUCUCUCUUCGGUGAUGCAGUAUUUAAAUCGCAAUCCUCAACAAGCCAAAUAUACCACCACUCCAUUUUUUCCAUAUGACCAGCGUCGUUUAUCAAGUCGAGGAACAAGAGCUUGUUGUGUUUGAUUAUUUCGAAUAUCCUGAUACCAAAUAAACGACGCCAGCCGACGGCACCGCAACGGGACAUGACCGAGCCAGGCAACGACCAGCCGGUCGACCCCACGGUGUGGUAAUGUGAUAUUGCCGUCCUUUACACCACAUGGAACCCAAGGAAACGGCACACGAUGCCUCCACAUGCACACCCCAACUUGGACGUAACGUAUGAAGAAAAAAAACCCGCGCGUGCUAACACCACCACCACAUAUCCAUCACACCGCCCGGUGCGAAACCCACCACGCACUCACGCACCCUCCCCCAAGGCUCCUAGUUGGCGGCGUCGGCCGCCCCCCUCGCAGCCACGAUCGCCUCCUGCACAUGUCCCGCCAGCGUAACCGGCGGGAACAGGCCGACGUGGCCUACAAGCAGGCCCGCAACGCCGUCAAGGCGGAGAGCAAGGCCGCCCUCGACCGCGAAUGGGGCAAGAAGCCCGAUAAUAUGCUUGCGUGGUACGACAAGCACCAGAAGCAGCAGCAACAGCAGCAACAGCAGCAGCAGCAGCAGCAGCGCCAAGAGGGCACCUCGCCCGCUGCCGCCCCCACGACGGAACAAGCCGGCCAAGAAGCCGGCGGCGGCGGCGACGGUGACGACAGGACAGACGCCAUAAUCGCCGCCGCAGUCGCCGCAGCCGUCGAGGCCGCCCUGGCCGCCGUGGAAGCCAGGGAGGCAUCUGCAUCUGCAUCUGCUGCUGCCGCUGCUGGACGUGGCCAGCUUGGCGGCUCCGCGCCCGCGCCCGCGCCCGACGACCACGAUCAGGCGGCGGCGGCGGCGGCGGACCCUUCCGGGACCACCACCACUGCUGCUGUCCCGUCCCCCGAGACCGCAGCGACAGGCGCGGCUACCACCACCCCCGGCGGCUGCUCCACGACAGGAACCCCCGCCGCCGCAACGGCCGGUCCACAGACUGCGCCGGCACCAUCGCCGCCGCCGCCGCCGCCUCCCGCCUCCCAUCUAGCGUCCCCAUCGGUUCCAGACGGGGCCGGGGCGGGCGCUUCUCCUCGGCCUUCGGCCGCCGGGGUGACCGUUGCUGACGGUGGCACUAAGCCUACAGCUGCGGUCAACGAUGACCAUGUUACUCUUUCCGAUACUGCUCCGCCCGAGGGCGACAAGGGAGAUGACAUCCAGAGCAAAACCAGCCCGGAAACUCCUUAGUUUUCAGGUGCCAGCUGAGACCAGACACCAGGGAAACCAGGCCAAGAGUAUUUGGAGAUGGCGUCAAGCGAGACAAUACAGCGGGCAUCCAGGAACACACAAGCAUGCACUAACGGACGACAAGCAGUAUGCAGGCGACAAUGGCGAGUUCAUAAGAACAAUAAUGCGUGAACCUUUUUCAAUCCCAGACUAAAACAACUAAGUUGACAAACAAACAAACCCAAUCCCAGAAAUGACUUGCCAUGCGUGCGUAAACCAAAC